GUAAUCGCGAUUGAAAAAAAUCAUCUGGGAGACUCGGUACGACGCGAUCGGAGCGUUAUUAUCGUUGUUCACCACGAGUCUGUCGGUAACGGGUAGGUAGCUACCUCCUGUAAUCUAUUUAGCGCGCCAACGCCGUACCCCGUUCGCUGCUAUCACGCUCGCCGGAUGUGUAAUUUCACUAAUUUAUAGCAACAACAAUAGAAUAUAUAGAGGCAACAGUAAUAAUAAUAAUAAUGAUAAUAGUAAUAGUAAUAAUAAUGAUAAAUGAUAAUUAAUGGGUAAUGCUUAUCAGACUUCGGGCAAGCGUUAUGCAACGAUAUCGUUCGAUUUUUGCUCGUCCGGUCAGCGCUCGGUAGUGUCCAUGCAAUACAUCGUGUUCCAGUGCCAGAAGAGGACAUAAGUCGUAGAUGGAUACAAUAGUAAGGAGAAGCGGUAGAACAAACGAUGCAACUGAUACCACCGCUAAUGUUUGUCGAUUAUGACAUACUAUUGGCUUGCGGCCUGCUGAUAUUCUGGUGCGGUUAUUGGUUGGUGCACAUAAGUGCAAUAUGUUAUGGGAAGUUUAAACUCUAUCGAAAGCCCAAACCGGAAUCACCUGUUCAGUCGAUACCGUCUCUAGUAUCUUUAGAACAUGGUUUGCCGAAAAAUAAUAAAAAACAAUAUCCGGGUGUUAGUAUAUUGAAACCAUUAUUGGGUGUUGAUCCUAAUCUAUUUGUCAACUUGAGCUCAUACUUUCAGAUGGAAUACCCAAUGUAUGAAGUAUUAAUAUGUGUGAUGGACAAAAAUGAUCCUGCUGCUAUGGUAGCUAAUCGGCUAUUAGAAAUGUAUCCAUCAGUAGAUGCUCGACUUUUUUUAGGUGGUUCUCAAGUAGGUGUCAAUCCAAAAAUCAAUAAUGUACAUGCAGCAUACCAAGCAGCCAAGUAUUCUUUGAUACUCAUAUCAGAUAGUUCAAUAAAAAUGAAAAAAGAUACACUUUGUGAUAUGGUUGAUAAUAUGGCUGAUGAUGUUGCAAUUGUACAUCAAGUACCAUUCACAUGUGAUCGAAUUGAUAAUAGAACCGAGUCUAUGACUUCACCUUUGUCAGAAAAUACGACAGAUCCUUCAUCAUUUUUAAAAUUGGAUGGAAAAGUAGAAUAUCAACAUCAAACUCGCAAACAACGGCGUUUUAUUGCUACUUUAGAAAAAGUAUUUUUUGGAACUGCUCAUGCACGAGUGUAUUUAAUGGCUGAUCUUGUAGGCGCUAUAUGCCAUACAGGUAUGUCAACACUAUUGCGUAAGCAAGCAAUGGAUGAAUGUGGUGGUUUGCAAGCAUUUGCUAGUUAUCUUGCUGAAGAUUAUUUUAUGGCCAAAUUGGUCGUUGCUCGAGGUUGGCGCACUACUAUAAGCAGUCGACCUGCUUUACAAAAUAAUGGAGGCAUUGAACUAAGUAAAUUUCAAGACCGUCUUAGAAGAUGGGUCAAACUUAGGAUAGCUAUGGUACCACACACAAUUAUAUUGGAACCAUUAUCUGAGUGUCUAAUUUUAGGCGCAUGUGCUGCAUGGGCAGCAAACACACUUUCUGGGGGUUCAAUUGAUCCUUAUGCAUUCUAUAUGAUACAUGUGCUUGUUUGGUUCUUAUUAGAUUGGAUUCUCUUAAAUGUGAUGCAGAAUGGGCCUUUGCCGUUCACAAAAUUCGAGUACUUAGUUGCUUGGUUGUAUAGAGAGUUCAUGGGACCAUACCUGUUUUUUACAGCACUCUUAUGGCGCCCAUCGGUUGUUACAUGGACCACGCGGCAAUAUCGCUUACGUUGGGGUGGUCUAUCAGAAAUUUAUAACCAACAAUCAAUAAGCUCUAGCUCAGAUUCCAUAACUGCCACUGUGCCUAUAGCAACUACUACCACUGUCACUUAUGACACAACUGUGCCUAAUAAUUAUUGUAGUACUCACCAGCAGCAACCUCCUAAUGGUAUUGGGUUCACGUCAAAAAUUAAAGUUUAAGAAACAGCAAAUAGCUACUUACCAACUUUUUUACGAAUUUAUUUUUAAAACUAAGAUAAUAAUUUACCUCCAAUAUAAGUAUAACCAAUAUUUAUUAAAAAUACAAUG